GGCGCUACGGGUGGCGGGUUGGGACACACCUCCUCCUCAGAACUCGUUCGACGCCGCCGCUCGGUCUCCCCUCAGCUGUUUCAUUGUCUUCGCUCAGCUCUUCAAUCCUCCCCCUCCUCUUCGACGGCAUCUGUUCUCUCGCGCGCUCCCCUACAUAGUGAUUUGUGGGGGCGGGGGGCCGCGCGCCAUGAUCCCCCCCCCUUUCGAGAGGUGAUCCCGUCGCCAUACUGGUAUUAAGAAGCUGCUGAUGCUCUGAGGAGCAGGAGCAAUGGUUUCAAAACGGGCCUUCAUCUGCAGCUUGGGCUCCAUCUAUUUGUCCCUCCUCUUUGUUUUCCUGCUCAUGGACGUCUACGCCCGGCCUGCCAACAGCUCGGCCUUGAAAGAGAAGGCGGCAGCCAACGAUGACGAGAACGAGAUCCUGCCCCCAGACCACUUGAACGGCGUGAAGAUGGAGAUGGAUGGGCAUCUCAACAAGGAGUUCCACCAAGAAGUCUUCCUGGGGAAAGAGAGGGAGGAUUUUGACGAAGAUUCCGAACCACGGAGGAACAGGAAGAAGCUCAUGGUUAUUUUCUCCAAAGUCGACAUCAACAGGGACAAAAAGAUCAGCGCGAAGGAGAUGCAGCGCUGGAUCAUGGAGAAGACGGAAGAGCACUUCCAGGAGGCUGUGGAAGAGAACAAAAUGCACUUCCGAGCCGUGGACCCCGAUGGCAAUGGUCACGUGUCCUGGGAUGAAUAUAAAAUCAAGUUCCUGGCAAGCAAGGGAAUGAACGAGAAGGAAGUCGCUGAAAAAAUAAAAAACAAUGAGGAGCUCAAAAUUGAUGAGGAAACACAGGAAGUCCUUGACAACUUGAAAGACCGGUGGUACCAAGCUGACAAUCCACCGGCUGACCUCUUGCUCAACGAGGAAGAAUUCCUGUCCUUCCUUCAUCCAGAGCACAGCAGAGGGAUGUUGAAGUUCAUGGUCAAGGAAAUUGUGCGGGAUCUGGAUCAAGAUGGUGAUAAGAAGCUGACCCUUUCUGAGUUCAUCUCCUUACCCGUCGGCACGGUGGAGAAUCAGCAAGCUCAGGAUAUCGACGACGACUGGGUAAAAGACCGGAAGAAAGAGUUUGAGGAAGUCAUUGACGCUGACCACGAUGGCAUCAUCACCAUGGAAGAGUUGGAGGAAUACAUGGACCCCAUGAACGAAUACAACGCCUUGAACGAAGCCAAGCAGAUGAUCGCUGUGGCUGACGAGAAUCAGAACCACCACUUGGAGCUAGAGGAGAUCUUGAAAUACAGCGAGUAUUUUACCGGCAGCAAGCUCAUGGACUACGCUCGAAACGUCCAUGAGGAAUUCUGAGCGCCCAAGGCCCGUCUCUCUUUCUCUUUUUCCCUCUCUCGAUGCACCUUCUUGCUUUCCACAAAAACACCUUUUUGCUGCUAUAUCCAUGUUCUGUGUGUACACAGUGUGGUGUUCUAGACUUUAUCUUUUAAAAAAAGAAAGCCGUCCACAAAUAUAUAUAUAUAUAUAUUAAAAGAGACAGAGCUACAGCUCGCUCGUCUUCAAGAGGAGAGCACUGUCUGGUUUCAGCAGGGCAGGAUACAGACAAGUACCCACCUGUGCUAUCGAUCGGCAACUCUUUUUUUUCCCUCCAGGAGGCUCAGAUGUACCCUGUGAAAUGCUCUUCUGGUUUGGCUUGGAAACAGGCGAUUAAUACCUGAGGACCGUUCUUUGACUUGGGGGGUGCGUACACUGCGGUGGGAGAGCCAGUGAUUGCUCAAGAGCCGGAGCAUUUUCCCCACGCCCAGCAAUCCUCCUAAUCAGAGUUGAAGAUUCACUUUACAAAAAAAAUAAAAGAUGGAAUGUUGAGGCAGUUCUGUACUAGAAUACAGACGUGCCUGAAAGCGGA